AUGGGCCAUUGUCUAAGUUGCUUCAAGAAUCAAGCUAAUGCUGAAAUAACUUCGACCCUGAGAAAGAAAGAUGAGAUGACAGAAAUAGUUACCACGUGCCAAGUGCCUGCUGUAAUGGUAUCAGAUUAUCCUCAAGAGGAACCACUUCUACAUAAUAAUGAAAAUAGUAUAGUAUAUAAAAACUCAGCUGUUCUUCAGAAUGCUAAUACAUUAACUACUAUUGGUGAACCUUGCCCAGGAGGAGAAGUUUUGAAUUCCCAAAAAAUACAGCUAACUGAAAAACAGCAAAAGCCAUUCUACCAAAAGUUGCCUUCAAUUCCACGCACAAUGUCAUCAUUAGGGUCAAGUGAACCAAGGAUCUCAGAGUUAAAAAUUAAUCAACUUUUUGAUCAGUACAAAGAUUCAUUAGAAGAUUCCAUACUUGCAGAAGGAAUAGAGAAUCUAUGUAAUGACUUACAACUGAGUCCAGAUGAUUUCAAGGUUUUGAUUCUUGCUUGGAAGUUGAGUGCUAGUCAAAUGUGUAGAUUCACACGUUUAGAAUUUGUACAGGGCUUAAAAAACAUGAAAACAGAUUCAAUUAAAGGCAUUCAGCAUAAAUUAAAUGAAAUUACUAAUGAACUGAGCAGAGAAUCUGAGAACUUUAAGGACCUUUACAGAUUUACUUUUAAAUUUGGUUUGGAUGUAAGUAGUGGUCAGAGAAUACUGCCAACUGAUAUAGCAGUACUACUAUGGCGUCUAGUCUUUACUAAUAAUGAACCACAUGUUUUGGAAAGAUGGUUAGGUUAUCUAGAGAACAAUGCUCAAAUUAGAGGCAUUCCAAAAGACACUUGGUACAUGUUUCUCAAUUUCUGUGAGUUUGUAGGUGAUGAUCUUAGCACUUAUGAUGACACUGAGGCUUGGCCAAGUUUAUUUGAUGAUUUUGUUGAAUAUGAAAAUGAUCAAAUGAAUCAGAAUAUUACAAAAAAUGACAUCAAGAUACAGGAUUGA